AUGUCCUUUGCUGGAAAGAAAGGCAAGAUCAAACAGCCAUUUGACCCUGCGAUCAGAAGUUUCUCUCUGGCAAGGCUUUUAGCUUUUACGAAGUUGUUCCUAUCGUAUGUCAGUCAAGUUGUUGGCUUUCACUUGUAGUGACGAAACUUCCGAUAAAAAGUUAACGAAUUGUAGCCCUUAUUUUACUGCCUUACAAUAUAUCAAUAAUCUUGAAACUAAAAGGUCAUAUAAAUGAAAGGUUAAUCUCAAAUGUUUAAUGUUAAUCUUAAAUGUUUUAAAAAAUCUACCGAGCGGUUUAAAAAUUAUUCGCUAAUUUGUUAUAGAAGACCAACAUGUUUACAAAACCGCAAAAAAGAGCGCUUCAAUACAUACUAAUCAAAUCCUUCUUUCUAGCAAUCGGCUGGAGCUAUCUCCAUGAUCUUUCAAACACGUUUUUAAAAAGACUGAAACUACUAUGAGGUGAAAUUGCAUGUCAAAAGCGCUACGUUUUCUACAGAUAACGGCCAAACAUCAAGAUUCUCCAUUUUUAACUGUUUUUUUAGCCAUAAAAACUUCAUCCCCAAAUAUCUCGAUAACGCUUUUAGAGAUUUCGCUUAAACUUGACGAACAUGGAGGCCGCUAUUGGAGAAAAAAGCUGCCGUGAACGAUUCUGGAAGAACAGUUCCCAGUGCCGAGAUAUAUUGCUGUAAGUAAAAUAGGUAAUAGCGUCAUUUCGUUGCUAUGACAACUCCAAUGUCAUUGCAACCCAGAUCAUAACAAAUUUUCACCUUUAUCUAAUACAACUGUGGUGGCAAUUUUUCCUACUCUUUGUUUAUGGCGACGUAGUUUAUACUCAAGCUUGGGAGGUAUUGACUCUGAAAAACUGUAUCGAGCCACCUUAACGGCACUCGUAACUUUGUUAUGGUACUCUAUAAAUUUGACACACACUAUUUUUUUUUUAAGUCAACCAUCUGUGAGAGUAAAGAAAGUGUCAAGCCGUUACGAACACUUUCAUAAUUUUACUCCGAUAUCCACUGGAAAUAUUUGUUGUUCUUCUUUUUUCUAAACGAGAGCUUUAAAGUGUAGAUCCAAAGUAAACAAAGCGUCUUAGAACGGAAUCACUUAAAACAAAACUUUUUUCUAUCUCUUAAAAGAUCUCUUAAACUUUGGAAAAAAACAGUAAGGAUACGGGACCUACAUGUGGGUCCCGUAAAUUUACGCCCUAUUUUUCCCGUAAAAAAGGUUUUAUGCAACAGCCGCAAUCUCUGUUGCAUAAACGAAACGUAAGCGAACACUUACGAAAAUCGUAAGUGCAGCAACGUAAGGGAAUUCCCUAAAAAGUAGGUUGAGUUUAAUCGUCCGGGUGAACGUAGUCCUGUAUAGGACUGUUGUUGUUGACAGUGACUGACGUUUCUACAACCUGUGCGGUAGUCAUCUUCAGAGUCAAAGUGAGUUGUAUCACGUCAGUUGAUGGUAUUAUUACUCUGGUUAUUGAUCUGAUUGGUCAAUUACGUCGCGAUGUUAUUGGUCGUCUGUCAGUUAAGCCGUGAUGUUAUUGGCUAUGAAGACUCGUAAUCAGUAAUUGGUGCGUUUCGAUCCGUCUAUUGUUACAGUUAAACAGUCGUCUGUUGUUAGUCAAAUUGUCAGUUCUCCAGUCGUUCUCGAGAACUGGAACGACUAGAGAAGAGUUAAAGUCAACAUUAACUUAAAAACGUUGUGUUUUGGAGGUUGACUUGGCCUUUCACACUGUAUAAAAUUUCGAAAUCUUUUAAGAUGUUAGAAAGUUGUAAGGUGUUGUAACGUUCAGAGAGGGUGUGCCAGUGGCCAGUGGUUUUUACAGUUAAAAGAUUCUUCAGGAGCAAAACAUCCGUGAAAAUCAGCUGAAAUAGUGAGAUCUCAAACAAACUAUGAUCAUCCCUAAGGGUCUAGCUUCUAUCUUCUCUGGCCAAUCGAGUGAUUGUAUUUGACAAUUGCUAUUGUAGUUUGGUCCCAACUGCAAUUGUACUCUCGUAUUCAAUAGUGAAUCCAAGAGACGUGAAAACAUUCUGUUUCUACGAGUCUAGCAUAAAGUUAAACAAAGGAGUAUAAUCAGUCGUAAUCUUUCGAUGAGACUUUUCUGUUGUUAUUUUCCAAUCCUUUAUUUAGGCAUACUUUGAACAUAAUCCAAGAGACUUACAAUAGUUGCGACAUGACAAGGAUCUACAUCCCACCAAAUUUCAGCCUCACUUGAAAAACGCUCCUGAAUGCCUCGGUGAGUUAUUGAACUUUAGCUAAUUCCUACUUUAAGCACAAAUAAUUCUCAAAGGCCCAUCAAAGACAAAACAAAAGUUCGCUUCUGUUAAUCCUAUCUUCAUUUCUUUUCGAUCAGUUCCAGCAACUCUUAAACCAUCCAAGGCAAAAUUCUCACUAAAGAGAAGACGCCUACUCAUGUUCCCGUCAGUAAAGAACUCGGUUUACAAUACAUUUGGUGAGGUAAAUGGGGAGUACUUAAAGCAUAUGUUAGUAUAUAAGUAUAUUUUAAAUACUUUGGAAAAGGGAUUCUUUAUGAAAGUAACGCAACAAAAGGGAAAUUGACUAUUUCACCGAUACCAGAUAACGCACCUUGUUUAUCCUCCCCAUCCCCCACCCCCCCCCCCAAAAAAAGAAAAAAACCAAAGGGUUGCAUGAUCACCAUAGUCUUCGAUUUCUCUUGCGAUCUGUAAUAUCCAAGAGAAAUAAACCUUUUUAGCUGAUAUGUUUUGUUUUCCCGAUUCAGACCACGUGAAGUUCUCCAGGGAAUUUUCUUUUUGUCUUUUUCAUUAAUUAUGCAUGCACAUGCACUUGAAUGCACGUGCAUAAGACGACAUCUGAAAGAAACAGUUCUCUGGGGUACCAUCACGUGGUCUGAAAGUGAAAACAAAAAAUACAAACUAAAAAGGUCGAUUGGAAAAAUGGUUCUGUAAAAUAUUGUUGGGUAAUCCAGGUGCAUUAUGGUCUCGGUAAAAAUGGUGAAUAGUAAAAUAAAUGUUUAGAACUUUUUAACCAGGUGGUGAGUUGAAUGAGAAAUGCUCAUAAAAAAAUCAUCUCAAACUGGCAAGCCAGUCUGUAACAUGUUUACAGACCCUCUAUUUUCUCUUUAUAGGUCAUCAAGAACUGGUGUAUGAAAAUAAAAACAGCAAGGGUUUUAUUGAUCACAAGCAUGAUCGAAUUUUCCAAAAAAAGGGAAAAACCUCUGUGAACAGGCUACCUUAGAUUCACUCUGAAGAUAAACGUACGCCUGUUUUAGUUACUUGAAACUGUCAGAGGAGUCUUUCAAAUUACGCUAUCGUGGUGACAUCCUUAUCGGACACCUCUCUUAUACGGACACCCAUUAGUGUCCGUAUUAGAGAGAUCCGACAGUACUCGGCGUCUUACAUUUCAAGUAUCCUGUUUUAAUUGAUUACUUGGAAUCAUAAACAAUUUUUUAUCUAUUUUUUUGCCUCUCUUUUUGCCUCAGAAACGUAAAUUGGAUCCAUUGAAGAGCUUCAAGUACCACAAACAU